AUGCUGUCGAGGAUGCGAACAAGUAAUAGGACGAAGCUUACACACUGGCACGCAAGCAGAAGCAUACAACAGGGUUACGCGACAAAACUGACCCAGUAUGCUUUCGGUAUUGAGUGCAGAUCAGGGUUCGACACCCCGUACGGGGCCCGCAUUAUUCACAAGUUGUUUUCUGACGUUAGCAAAAUUAAUUUGAAGCCAUACGGAGAGGAUGAUAAUGAGGAGGUUGCGACUGACCCAGAGAUUGAAGUACUGGUACAAGCAACAUGCCCCGCUAGUGACGAUGAGGCUUUUAGUGACAGUGACUACGAGACCGGCGUAGAACGAGAUACCGAUGAGUCGUGCGUGGAUGAGGAUUUUGAUGAGGAGGAGGAUGAGGCGGACGAGAAAGAGGAGCAGAAGGGAUGGGCGGCCGCGGCGGCCAAGGCGCUUGGCUUUCGCUGA